AUGGGGCGAAAGCAUGGGAUGGAAGGGCAGGCAAGGGAGGGUAGGCAUGGCAUGCGCGAGGAGCGAGUUGGAAGCAGCCAUGCAGCGCCUCACCUGCGCCCACUACUCACCUUCUCCCCCUCACCUGCGCCCACUACUCACCUUCUCCCCCUCACCUGCGCCCACUACUCACCUUCUCCCCCUCACCUGCGCCCACUACUCACCUUCUCCCCCUCACCUGCGCCCACUACUCACCUUCUCCCCCUCACCUGCGCCCACUACUCACCUUCUCCCCCCCUCACCUGCGCCCACUACUCACCUUCUCCCCCUCACCUGCGCCCACUACUCACCUUCUCCCCCUCACCUGCGCCCACUACUCACUUUCUCCCCCUCACCUGCGCCCACUACUCACCUUCUCCCCCUCACCUGCGCCCACUACUCACCUUCUCCCCCCCUCACCUGCGCCCACUACUCACCUUCUCCCCCCCUCACCUGCGCCCACUACUCACCUUCUCCCCCCCCUCACCUGCGCCCACUACUCACCUUCUCCCCCUCACCUGCGCCCACUACUCACCUUCUCCCCCCCUCACCUGCGCCCACUACUCACCUUCUCCCCCCCUCACCUGCGCCCACUACUCACCUUCUCCCCCCCUCACCUGCGCCCACUACUCACCUUCUCCCCCUCACCUGCGCCCACUACUCACCUUCUCCCCCUCACCUGCCCCCACGCCUCGAUGGUGUAGUCCCCGCCUGCCCCUCACCUGCGCCAGUGGCCCUCACCUGCGCCAGUGCCCCUCACCUGCGCCAGUGCCCCUCACCUGCGCCAGUGGCCCUCACCUGCGCCAGUGCCCCUCACCUGCGCCAGUGCCCCUCACCUGCGCCAGUGCCCCUCACCUGCGCCAGUGCCCCUCACCUGCGCCAGUGCCCCUCACCUGCGCCAGUGCCCCUCACCUGCGCCAGGGCCCCUCACCUGCGCCAGUGGCCGAUGGAAGCGCCGAAGCCGUGCACCAACACCACGGCGGGCGCGUCCUCUCUCCCCCGCCACCCCUCCUCGCCGCUCUCCCCCGCGCCCUCGCCGCCGGCGCGGGGCGGAAUGUCGCAGUAGUUGAUGCUGGCGCCGCGCCACGUCCACCGCCGCUGGUGGGAGAGGAUGAGCGCGAGACCCGCGGAGGCACCAUCGCCGCCGGGCACGCGCGCGCCGCCAGUGGCGGGGUCCGCCGAGUCAUCCUCACGGGCGGCGGCGGCUGCAGCAUCGGCGGCGGCCUGCGGGUCGCCGCCAAUCAGAGCGGCCGUGCCGGCGGCGGCGAAGGCGCGCUGCUGCGACUCGCCUGGCGGACUGUCGCUUGCCGCGUCGGCGGGUCGUUCGCCAUGCGACGCGCGUACGACAAGCUGCGACUGGCGACGAAGAAAUGGUCGAGGCCGCAAGGGCCGCGUGGCGCACAGCGGUGCAGCGCAGGGGGCAGAAUGGAAGGCGCGAAGCGGCGGUGCGAGAGAGAGAGAGGCCAUGCGGAAGUCGACUGGGCAGUGGUGGCUGUGCUGGGGCCUUCCCGUGCCUCGAUUGCCAUCUGCCUGCCGCCCAACCUCUCUCACCCCACCGCACGCGCUCCUCGCCGCGCCACCACCCCGAUCUUCUCCGCGCGUCGGCCGCCUCACGCGCUGCAUCGCGUCCCACCAAUCCCCGUCCGCUCUCGCUCAACCUCCCACGGCUUGAGUCAGAUGAAGUACUACCACCACUGCCUCUUCCACCGCGUGCAGCGCGACUUCAUCGUGCAGACGGGCGACCCCACCGCCACUGGCGCUGGCGGCGACUCCGUUUACAAGUUCCUGUACGGAGAGCAGGCGCGGUUCUUUGAGGAUGAGAUCCGGGCGGGGCUGAAGCACGACAAGGUGGGGGUGGUCGCCAUGGCCAGUGGCGACACCAACCUCAACGCCUCUCAGUUCUACAUCACCACGCGGGCUGGGCUCGACUCACUCGAUGGCAAGCACACGAUAUUUGGCGAGGUGGCGGAGGGGUUGGACACGCUGCAGCGCAUCAACGAGGCCUUCGUGGACGACAAAGGCCGCCCCUUCAAGAACAUCCGCAUACGCCGAGUGCAUGUGUUGGACGACCCAUUUGACGACCCACCGGGACUCGCUGACCUCAUCCCCGAUGCAUCCCCACCCAUGCCGCCCCCCGCUGCUGGCUCGGACGUGAGGUUGGAGGACGACUGGGUGCCCAUGGACGAGGGGCGGGCGGCGGACGAGGUGGAGAGGGACGUGCGCCGCAGAGAGGCACAGUCCAGAGGCGUGGUGCUGGAGAUGAUAGGCGAUCUGCCCGAGGCGGAGUUCAAGCCGCCCGAGAAUGUGCUCUUCAUCUGCAAGCUCAACCCCGUCACCCAGGACGACGACUUGGAGAUUAUCUUCUCUCGAUUCGGCAAGGUCCUCUCGGCGGACAUCAUUCGAGACCAGAAGACGGGCGACAGCCUCUGCUACGGCUUCAUUGAGUUUGAGACAAAGGAGGCGUGUGAGGCGGCUUACUUUAAGAUGGACGGCGUGCUGAUCGACGACCGCCGCGUGCACGUGGACUUCAGCCAGAGCGUCGGCCGCCUCUGGUCGCGCUUCCGCCGCUUCGGCACCUCCGACUCCGCCCAUGCUGCUGAUGCUGCUGGCGCUGCUACUGGUGGCGGGAGGGGAGGGAGAGGAGGUGGACGGGGGAGGGGUGGAGGUGGUGGUCGCGGCGGCAUGCGGUCGUGCUUUAGCUGCGGGGAGGAUGGGCGCAUGGCGAGGGAGUGUCCGAAUGCGGGAGGAGGGAGAGGGGGGAUGGGUGGGGAUGGGGAGGAGGACGAGGAGGAGGCAGAGGGGGGGCAGGGCGGGCAGAGGCGGCUUGAGCUGAAGGAGUCGGGGCACGGGCAGCGGGGCGAGCAGGGCAAGAGGUGA